AUGGCUGAAAAUCAUACUUCAGAUGAGGAAAUAGACUUGUUACCAGAACCAGAAACAUCUUACGGGAAACGAUUCCCUAGAGCUAACCAAAGUGACGUUACAGUUGCUAGUGAAGUCCUACGAGGCAUAAAACUACGUCAGAGAAAACCUUAUGGACAAAAAAACAGAUGUCCCGUGAUCAUUAAUUUGCCAAAGCCACACAGGAUGUGCAAAAGAAAACUUUGCAAGGUGGCAUCCCAUUCGAUUCCAGAAUGUAAUCAUUGUAAACUACCACCUGGUCCCAAAUCAAUAAUAGGUCUGACCACUUCUAGGAAAACUACUAGACUAAGGAUCAGUAUUAAAACGGAGAACAAAACCAUAUGCCCAUUGAGAAUUUCACAACUGGCUGUGCCAUCAAAACGACACUGCAUAGAUACUUGGAGAUAUAAAUCAUAUUUAUUACCAGAAACCAUGAAUAUUUGCUUGCCCGUGACACUUGAAGUGUUUAUUGAGGAAGAAUCGGAAAAAUCGAUUUCUUCCAAUUCCGAGGCCAGCGCGUAUAGUGAUGGCAAAUUAAACGAUACAGAGUAUUUUCAAAAUGAAAUCAUGAAACUCAUAGAUAAUGGUCAAGUUGAAACUGUUGAAGUUAUAGGGGAUAUAUCAAAUGAAAGUGAUUUGUUGACUGAAAUUAAUGAGAUACUGAUCAACAUCCUGAAACAAUCUAUUGCUUCUGAAGAUACAAUCAAUGAUAAUAAUGACUUCGUUACUGAUGCCGACUAUUUUGAGAACGAAAUCAUUAAUAUAAUAAGUAUUGUUUGCAAAGAAUCUGACGAUAACAUUGAAAACAAUAAUGAUGAUUCAAUAUUAACUGUCGAAGACAGCAUUGAGGUUGUCCAACUCCCAACAGAACACAGCUUUGAAAAUGAUUUAAAAGAAUCCGAUGAUGCGGUAGCCGAAGUCCAAUCCCAAACAAAACACAGCUAUAAUUUAAAAGAAUCUGUUGAUCUAGAUGCCGAAAUUCAAUUGCCAACAACACACAGCUCUGCAGAUAAAUUAAAAGAGUCGGUCGAUCCGUCUCCCGAAGUCCAACUCCCAACAAUACACAGCUCUGCAGAUAAUUUAAAAGAAUCUGUUGAUCCGUCUGCCAAAGUCCAACUCCCAACAACACACAGCUCUGCAGAAAAUAAAAAUGUAAAAUCUGUUGAUACAUUGUCCGAAGACACAGAUGACAGGAGUAAAAAAGUAAUGUUUUCUGUUUUCGACAUUGGUAAGGCUGAUGAAUCAUGGCCAAGUUUCAACUUUUCAUCAGCUGUAUUAAGGCCUAGCGCAAGUGUUACCAAAUCUUUAACUUCACUAGGUACAUUUUCGGAACAUGACGAGGAAGACUUUUCAUUGUCAAUAAUAAGUUCUAAUGUGGAUGAACAAGAAAAUGUAAAUACGGCAAUAAUAAAAAAUCAAGUAAAACAUUUAGUUACGUCACCGACUAAACCAACUGAAUUUGCAAAUAGUGAAGAAAGAUCUAUUAAAACAUCACUAGAAACAAAUAAUGAAACAUUAAUAUCACUAAAAGAUUCUAUUUCGCUAACAAAUAGCGUGAAAGGAGAUGAGGAACUUAUAACAGCAGAAAUCAAAACUAUUACGACAUAUAAUCAAACUUUACAUAAUAAAGAAGUCCAAGUUAAUACGAACUGCCAUGAUGAUGGAAGCCAAACAGAUGAGAUUAAAAAACCUAACGUGAACUUAGGGACGAGUAGACAAUUAGUGACUAGUGUGGAUUCUGAGCUAACAGCAGACAAAUUUGACAGCAAAAAUAUAUUUAAUUCUUUAAAAAACUAUACAUUUAAAACUAGUAAAAACAUGGGAACGGUGACAAAGGACAAUAAACUAUUUCUUGUUAGUCAGUUAAGUAAGUAUUUUUGUCCUAGUUAG